ACUUGGUGAGCGGCUCGAUCGAGAGCUGUGGCUCGAUAGCGCGUGGUGGUGAUGUAGAGAUGACUCUGUCAGCGCAUGCUGGCUGGCAAGUGAGCGAUCGCUUCGGGAUCCAAGAUCGGUCGACUUGGUCGGACAUCUACCGACUCAUCAGGCUCAUCAUCGCCUCUUGCGACGCUUGCGACUCGCCCUUGAAGCAUCAUGUCGAUGCAAGGCCAGGUCAUCGGCUUACUGAAGCGGUUCCUGCUGCCCAAAGCGAAACAAUGGUACCGCAACUACAAGGCUAAGAAGGCACAGCAAGAAGGUGGUGGUGGCGGCGGCGGCGGUGGGGGCGGCUAUGGCCAGCAACAGCAAGGCAUACACAGUCAGCAGCAGUCGCAGGGAGGCUACGGUCAACAACAGCAGAUGCAAGGCGGCUAUGGCGGUCAGUCGGGACAGGGAGGCCAGCAGUGGCAUCCUUCACAGGGAGCCUACAACGGCGGACAACAGCAUAGCCAGCAGUUCACCCAGUCUAAUUCGCAUGCUGUGGGACCGCAUCAUCCGCAGGUUCGCAAGUCGCUCUCGCCCGCUCGGGCAGACGUUGAUGAAAUGUUUUCGCAUGUUACUCCCUUUCGCUUCCUAUCUUGCUUCACGCCUCGUCGUUUGCUCACCCUGACGUCUCCUCAUGCGACUCUGCUACAACCUACCAUGACGGCGGCACGCUAUCGACGGCGGAUAUCUUACUACUACGGCACGAUCGAUGGGACGCUCAAAUUGGAUCUGCGAACCAUACAGAAUCAAGACAUGAUCAAUGCGAGCAACGAGCAUUAUGUCUCACUGCGCAAUCAGGCAAUCACAGAAGGCAACCUGAUGGGCGCGUGUUUCGAUAAAGCUCACCGCGCGCACGAUCAAGGCGAUGGUGCCGGCGCAAAACGGUUUGCAGACGAAGGACAUCAACAUCAAGCCAAUAAGACCCGUCUGAACGAACAGGCCAGCCAGUGGAUAUUUAACGAGAACAAUAAGAAUUCUCCACCCAAUACGAUCGACCUGCACGGACUAUUUGUCCAGGAGGCUAUAGAGCGAACAGAGCAAUCAGUCCAACAAGCUCAAAAUAGCGGCGCGCAGCAAUUACGUAUCAUCGUCGGCAAAGGCAUUCACUCCCCCGGCCAUCAGGCGAAAAUCAAGCCAGCAAUAGAAGGCCUCAUGCAAAAGUACAACCUCUCUGCUCAUCUCGACCCCCACAAUGCCGGCGUUCUCAUCGUCAUGCUACAAGGCGGCGGGCAGGGAUCGAGGGAUGCAGGAUUUGUGGAUCAUCUGUCUCGUCAGCAGGAUAACGACUGUGUUGUCAUGUGAUUUGCAGUCUUUGUUGGUACAAUAUCUUACAGACUACAACA